AGAUAUGAUUAAAAAAGACAGGGAAGGGACGUGUGCCCUACUCUAAGAUGGCGGACGAGGCUACCCGGCGUGUUGUGUCCGAGAUCCCGGUUCUGAAAACGAACGCCGGGCCCCGGGAUCGGGAGCUAUGGGUUCAAAGGCUCAAGGAAGAGUAUCAGGCUCUUAUCCGGUAUGUGGAGAAUAACAAGAAUGCUGACAAUGACUGGUUUCGACUGGAGUCCAACAAGGAAGGGACUCGAUGGUUUGGAAAAUGCUGGUAUAUCCAGGACCUACUUAAGUACGAGUUUGACCUCGAGUUUGAUAUACCGAUUACAUAUCCCUCCACUGCACCAGAGAUUGCUGUCCCUGAACUGGAUGGAAAGACGGCAAAGAUGUAUAGGGGUGGCAAAAUAUGCCUAACUGAACACUUCAAACCCUUGUGGGCUAGGAACGUGCCAAAAUUUGGACUGGCUCAUCUCAUGGCUCUGGGGUUGGGCCCUUGGCUGGCAGUGGAGAUUCCAGACCUGAUCCAGAAGGGGAUAAUCCAACACAAAGAGAAGUAAUGCACCCCCUGAACAUCUGACAUACUUGGCUCCUGCCUCCUUUGGCCAUUGCCACCUCUACCCACUCAGCUGAUCAGUAGGCCUUCUCUGCCUUUUGCCAUAAAGUUGUAGUGAUUGGGCCUCUGGGUUGAGUUACUACAAAUAAGCUUUGCCCCUACCAUAUGCUGGGACUCAUGAUCUGGCAUCACUUGGGACAGGGCUAAGUAUAUCGAGCAGACGCUGGGACCAUGAUUCUACCACUUUCCCACUUAGAAAGAAGGGGAAUCUGAAGAGAUGCACCAUGAAAAUUUGUGUCAGCUCAUCUGUUGAAGGCAGUAGCUAUAUCUUCCUUGAAUAAAAGCUGCUUC